AUGAGUAUCCUCAGCUGGAACUGCCGGGGUUUGGGUGGCACCCGGACAGUUCGUGAACUCUUGGGCAUAGUGUCCAAGGAGCGACCCUUUUUUGUCUUCUUAAUGGAGACGAAAGCGAAUGUAGAUAAAGUGGAACAGGUGAGGGUGAAGAUGGGAUUUGAAGGGGCGGUGAAUGUGGAUCGUGUGGGUUUGGGAGGUGGUCUAGCGCUAUUGUGGAGGGAUGCGAAGUCGGCUUCACUGCUGAGUUUCUCUAACAAUCAUAUAGACAUGGAAGUCACGCUACCAGGCAGGCCAAAGUGGAGGUUAACCGAUUUUUAUAGUAAUCCGGAGAGAUCAAAGAGACACAUUACGUGGGAUCUUCUGCGAAAGCUCAAGCACAGAUCAUCACUCCCUUGGGUUGUCGUGGGAUACUUUAACGACAUUGCAUUUCUCUCUGAAAAACGGGGUGACCAUUCACAUCCUGACGCCAUCAUUGAAUGCUUCAAUGACGCGCUAAGCGACUACCAGCUUAAUGAUCUGGGAAUGUUGGGGGAUCGGUUUACGUGGGAAAAAAGCCAUGGAACAGAGGCAUGGGUGGAGGAAAGGCUAGACAGGGCGGUGGCAUCGAUUAAUUGGGUGGGGUUGCACGAGGAAGCAGCGGUACGUAAAAUCUUUACAGUAGCUUCGGAUCAUAGUGCCAUCUUCCACAACUUAGAGACGCGUCUAAUACGUGCAGCCAGGAGUUCGUUUAAAUUCGAAUCUGCCUGGCUACUUAACGCAAGAUGUGCAAAAGAGGUCGAGGCGGCAUGUAGUCAGACGAUCGAAAUGGGCUUCCGGUAG